AUGAUCAAAGCUAAUGUCGAUUAUGAGGAAAAUAAAGCCUUCGAGAUCCGUGUAGAAGUAAACGAUAAGGGUCAGCCACCAAUGUCUGCACACUGUAAAGUGCUGGUAGAAGUAAAUGAUGAGAAUGACCAUGCCCCUGAGAUCACUGUAACGCCAUUGUUAAAUACAGUGAAAGAGGACGCUGACGUAGGUACUGCUAUUGCACUUGUGUCAAUUGUCGACAAAGAUGGUGGCAAAAACGGCGAUGUGAAAUGUAAAAUCUUAAAUGAGGUUCCAUUUAAACUAGAGACAAACUACAAAAACUAUUAUUCUCUAGUUGUUGACGGGGCUCUUGACAGAGAAAUUGCCUCCAGCUACAACGUCACCAUAUUAGCUAACGAUGAGGGGACCCCUCGCCUCUCCAACACGAGUGUUAUUACUAUUCACGUUUCUGAUGUAAAUGACAACCCGCCUCGUUUCUCAGAAGCAGUGGUCAAUGUUUACGUGAAAGAAAACAAUAAAGUCGGGGUAAUUAUUAAAACGGUCUCUGCAUCUGAUGCUGACAUUGCCCAUAACAGCCAGGUGAAAUAUUCAUUUUUACAAACUGACAGUAACUCACUGCCACUCUCGACAAUGAUUAACAUUAACUCAGAGACUGGAGAUAUAGUCAGCCUGCAGUCUUUUAACUACGAGGAGUUAAAGACGUUCCAGUUUAAAGUUCAGGCCACAGACUCUGGUGUUCCUCCGCUCAGCAGCAACGUGACUGUGUACGUUUGUAUCCUGGAUGAGAAUGACAACAGUCCCGCGAUCCUCGCGCCUUAUUCUGAGCACGGCUCCGUUAACAGUGAGAGCAUCCCCUAUUCUGCUGAAGCGGGAUACUUUGUGGCAAAGAUCAGGGCUGUAGACGCAGACUCUGGAUACAACGCGCUGCUUUCUUAUCACCUGUCUGAGCCCAAAGGAAACAACCUCUUCCGGAUCGGAACCAGCACCGGGGAGAUCAGGACUAAGAGGAGAAUGAGUGACAAUGACCUGAAAACUCACCCCUUGGUGGUGCUGGUUUCUGAUAACGGAGAGCCCUCCCUGUCAGCUACUGUGUCUAUUGAUGUGGUGGUGGUUGAAAGCACAGCUGACAUCCAGACUCAGUUCAGACAUGUGCCCAUAAAGGAGGAGAGCUUUUCUGAUUUGAACCUGUAUCUGCUGAUCGCCAUUGUGUCGGUGUCAGUGAUCUUUCUGCUGAGCCUCAUCAGUUUAAUAGCUGUGAAAUGCCACAGGACAGACGGCAGUUUCAGCAGCUCCGACACAAUGAAGAGUGACGUAGUGGUUUUCCCCGCACCGUUUCCGCCUGUAGAUGCGGAGCUGAUCAGUAUAAACGGAGGAGACACUUUCACCAGAACUCAGACUUUACCUAACAAAGACAAGUCUUCAGUACAUGCUUCUCUUCAUGUGCCAUAG